UGCUUUACCUGGAAAAUUACAGAGUGGUGGAUGCUUUCCAUACAAUUACGAAAUUGAUUUCCAUUUGAGAUGGAUUCAACUCGGAGUGGCGAUCGCCCAGUCCUCCCGCUGAUUCAUUGAUAGACAGGCGGACUGCUCUAUUUCUUUCAUCCGGCAGCACUUUAUGCCCUUAUUAAGCCAGUUUCCUCCAUGACCCUGACGAUGCCUGAGGAGAGUCCCGACUCCGGUAAAUACGUGGUUUACACCGUUACUUCGGACGACAGUAGCACGGAACUAGAGGACGGACAUGUGAAUUUCAAAGAUACCGAAAUGGACUCGCUUAACGGCAAACAAUCGCCAUCACACCGACCUCUGAGGUCGUACUCAUCAGAUUCAUCUAAAUGGAGUACAUACUGGUCAACAAGAGAAAAAUGUUGUUGUCUGUGGAAUAUAACAUUUAUUCUGGCCAUCGGAGCUCUUGUGUUUGUUGUGGUGUACGUAACGAAGCGAAGUGCCAAUAACGGUUCGUUUGAUGCAAACUACACCUGGAACCUCUCAGAAAUAUACGUUCCAAAUACGAUUUCAACCGAGGACUCCAAAUUAAGCAAGGUCUGCUACACACCAGAAUGUGUUCGCUUGUCAGCCGAAGUUCGCUCGCGGAUGAAUACAAGUGCUGAUCCGUGUGAGAAUUUCUACGAGUAUGCUUGUGGUGGAUACACCGUGCCGUUAACAUGGACGACUCCAAGAUAUCGCGAGGUACCCGAUGCUCUGACACAAUCUUAUAGGUCUAUGAUAAUAGAUAAAUUAUCUUCAAGAAUUCGAAGUUCAGAUAUGCCUGGUGUAAAGAUUGCAAAACAAGCUUUUCAAUCCUGUGUCAUGGCACCAAAAAGAAAUAUGCAGCAACACUUUGAAGACCUGAUUGACAGCUUAGAAGGAGAGCCAAUGGAAAUUAAUUUAGGACAUGGACAUUCACUGACCAGGCUGUUGGCCCAUGCUGUGAAAUAUUAUGGAGUAUCUCCAUUGUUUAAAGUCAUACGGUUCGAAAAUGAUAAAUUUGCUAUUAUAAACAGAUUUUCGGACCAAAGAAUUUUGGAUCUCUCCAGAAUAGGUCAAACGGUUUCAUCUUUCCGACAUCUCUCACCACGUGACUUUUAUUACCUAACUCCACGUGAUACGAAAAUUAUUGCUUACAGACAGUACGUCAGGAAUGUGGUAAAACUGGUGUUCGGGAAUGGUACCAGCAGUUUUUCUGUUGCCUACCUUAAAUUGACACUAAAUGAAGUGUUAGACUUUGAAAUGCGACUUAACAAGGCGAUGUUCGCACCGUCAACGGUUGGUUCACUUGGUGCCAUGUUGAACUGCACACAGCGAUAUACAAUAGGUGAACUUCAACGGUCUUCUGCUGGCUACAAGAUCGACUGGAGAACAUUCCUCAGCAUACUUCUGAACCGAAAUGUGACUGAUAAUUUUGCAGUUUGCUAUUCAGAUAUUUCAUAUGACGUCACAGAUAUACUUUAUGACACUCAAAUUAAUGUGAUAAAGAAUUUUAUAAAACUUCAGAUAAUAUUGAAUUCGGACAUAACAUUCGCAAAUCACAUUUUCAUCAAUCCAUUCCAAGAUGAAGAGCUAAGCUCAGUGAAACAUUCCACAAAAGAGACGAAAUGCGUCAUGUGUGUGCAAAAUGUUUUACCUUUAGGUUCUAUCUUCAAAUCAAAAGAGGACAUAUUCUUCAACAGAAAUUCAUCAUUCACUUUUUCCGAAUUGAAGAAAUCCCUGAUAAAAGUGAUUGAUGGUAUGUACUGGAUACCAUUUAAACAGAGAAGAACAUUCAUCUCGCAUGCCAACGAAGCCGGUAUUUUAUUCACAACUGAUAUGAGAUAUAAGAUUUAUGAUAAUUCUGUGUAUUCGUCAUUAUCCAAUAACACAGACUUUUACCAAAUCGUCUUUGGUGCUAUUAAGCGGAAACAUCAUUAUGAAAUGGAUGGAUACAUCAUUACACCACUAUUUACCAAUGCAGUGUCCUACUAUGAUGGUCUGAGACAAAAUAUUGUUUUAUCACCUAUAGCGGACAGAGAGCCUGUAUUUUACCACUUUGCGUCCAAUGCUCUCCUAUUCGGCUCAACGGGGGCUUUUAUAGCGCAAAUUCUAGCCAGGGUAUUCGAUAUUGAUGUUAUUCUCUCGCAUUAUCUAAAUGGCUUAAUAGAACAAGAAGUUGUAUUCACAUUUGCUCAUCACUUCCAAUGUCUCGUCGAAACGUUUACGAAAUAUACGAUCACAGACCUUAGCGGAAAAGUACACCAGGCAAAUGGAGCUCUAACGAAAGGGGAGAAUUUUAGGGAUAUGUUGGCCUUACAGGUAGCAUAUAACGCCUUUCAAUCAAAUAUUAACUGGAAAGACAAACAUCGGCUUCCAGCAUUACAACUAACAGAGAAACAAUUAUUUUUCGUGGCCUUUACACAGACAUUUUGUGAAAGAGUAAGCCCAAGAGGUAUAGAGAUUUUUUACUUAAAGAGUGACAAAACAGUCACGCUACCGAGACAUUUACGGGUAAAGGGAAUGUUAUCGAAUUUUGAGCACUUUUCUAAAGAUUUCAACUGCCGGAUUGGGUCUUCUAUGAAUCCUGUAGAUAGAUGUGUUCUGUUUUAAACGAAACGAAAACCACUCGUGUAUCUACAGACAGACAGACAGACAAACACAUUACUGCAGCAAUAUCAAUAUUCCUUUCUCUGACGUCAUGGUCAAAAUGAUAUUGUUCCGGAACUGAAAUUAUCUCCAAUAGUACAAAGAUACUUAGGAACGUAUUUACCAAGAUAUUGCAAAAAUGGCAUUCCUUCCAUUUCUUGUGUGAUAAUUUUAACAGAAGUACAUGUAAUAGAUUAUGCAAGAUAUAUGAGGUUUCUUAUUAACCAAAC